AUGGCCGAGGAAGAACUAAGUAAAGUGUGGAUGCGGCAGUUGACUGCCCUAGAAAGGUCCGUCAACGAGAUCGCGGUGCUGGUUGACCAGCGCAGCGACGCUAACCCUCCGGAAGUGGAGGAAAUUGCAGUGCAAAGGGACACCUUGCGUGUUCUUUUCGACCAAGCAACAGCUGUGUUGCUGAAAAUUGAAGGGGCCUCAGGUCCCUCGGCAAGGAGAGGGCCGUUACUAACUAAGGUAAUGGCCGUUCAAGUGAAACUCGGCCGCUGGGAAAGACAGCAUGCGGAAGCUGCCAGAAAUCACCAGCGCCCGAGUGAAAACUUGCUCGACCAGACACUGGCACCAAGCACGAGUCGGGCGGAUCAUUUACCCCGAAUCGAGCUACCCCACUUCAACGGUUCGCCGACGGAGUGGUUGACAUUCAAAGGGCGCUUUGAAAAGCGCAUGGUAACGAUUGGAGAAGAUGCCGACAAAUUCGCAUUUCUCUCCAAGUGCCUUGAGCAUUGCGCGGCAGCAAGAAAUUCAAUCGAAGCGCUCGAAAGCUCUGGCACUAGCUUCGCCGAUGCGUGGGCGAAAUUAGAGACGCGCUUUUACAAAAAGCGAAUUGCGUACGAAGGAUACUUCGUAAAACUGAUCAAAUUUAAAAAAAUAAAUGUGCCAUGCGCUAAGUCCAUCAUGAGCCUCAUCGAUGCCGUGGACACUACAGUUCACGCUGCAAAGCAGAUACAAAAGGAUAAAACAGCGACACUGGACUGUGUUGCGAAUGGAAUGCUAGUAAGUCUAGCAAAAUCCCGUCUGGAUUCGGAAACCGCAUCCAGGCUGGAGGAGAGAUUAGACAUACAUCGUGUCUACACUUGGACAGAAUUCAAGGAAGAGUUGGAGAAGCGAGCCAACCAAUUAGCGUGCCGAACCGAUAUCGACGAAUCGAAAUCGCGCAACACCAAGACGGUAGCAGCAGCUGCCAUCACCCAACCCCAGCGUAGGGAAAUCAAAACGCAACCGCAAUCCUGUUUCGCGUGCAAUGAGAAAGGGCACGCGAUCUGGCACUGCACCGAAUUCAAAGCGCUGCCUGUACCGCAAAGAUGGGAUAGGACCAAAAGAGCCGGUCGGUGUUUCAAUUGUUUGUCUUGGGGACACUCCGUCCAAAAGUGUUCAUCCAAAAAGCGGUGUUCAGAAUGCGGAGAAGCACACCACACAUUGCUACAUCCAGUGGAUGCGGUUCCAGAGAAGAAGCCGGCGGCUGACCCAGCCGUUGUGGCCUCAACCAGCACCGAGAUCAACAUUAAAGGUGCGUCCGACUGGUAUCGAGUUAGGUGCCUAUUGGACUCCGGUAGUCAGGUGGAGUCUAUCACGGAAGCAGCCGCGCAGACUCUAGGACUACCGUACGCACGGAGCGACGUGCAACUUGUUGGCAUUGGCGGAAGGGUCAAUGCUUCCAGAAAGAUUACAACCGUAAUCUCCUCCAGAUGCGGAAGCUUCGCUAUGGAGGUAAGUUUAGUUUUGGUUCCGCACCUUUUAGACGACCAGCCCAGCAUUCGGCUGGAAGCGAAGGAUGUGAGUAUUCCGUCAAACAUUGAGUUAGCGGACCCCACAUUCUACAAGAGAAGAGGCAUCGAGAUUAUACUCGGUGCCCGAGUACUAUUCCAGAUUCUGAGCCCCAGACAAAUCCAAUGUACAAAUGGCCCGAAUCUUCAGGAGUCAGCCUUAGGCUGGCUUGUUGGCGGACUAGUUUCGCUACGGUCAACCCGGAAAGCAGUAAUGACUGUUGCCACCGUUAGUACAAAUGAGAUCCAAGAAGAAGAGGACCACGAUGGGAAAUUGGAUAUUCUCUUCAAGAGGUUUUGGGCCUUGGAGGAGGUAACUUCUGCGGAAGCGAAGUCCACCUCUGACCAGGUAAACCUAUGCGAGGAGCACUUCCUCCAGCACACCAAGAUAGGGGCAGAUGGCAAAUAUAUUGUGCGCCUCCCUUUCAACGACAAGCCCAUUCAACUGGGUGAUUCCUACGAGCAAGCAAGAAGACGCUUGUUCUCGCUAGAAAGGAAACUCACGCGAACUCCGGAAGUAUACGAGCAAUACAGAGAGUUCCUGAAAGAGUAUCUGACAUUAAAUCAUAUGGAAGUUGUAGAACCAAAGGAUUAUCAAAAAAUCCGCUACUUCAUACCACACUCAUGUGUCAUCAAGCCAGAUUCUUCAUCAACCAAGCUUCGCGUGGUAUUUGAUGCAAGCGCUAAGGCAUCAAAUGGACAUUCCUUGAAUGACAUGCUGCGUAGUGGACCAGCGAUCCAAACGGAGCAAUUCGAUUUGCUCCUGGACUUUCGCUGCCAUGACAAGGUGCUAAUGGCCGACAUCGCGAAGAUGUAUCGGCAAGUCCAUGUCCACGAAACGGACUCGUGGUACCAGUGCAUCGCCUGGAGGGAUAAUCCUUCGGAAGCGAUUCAGGCUUAUCGCCUCAAAACAGUGACUUAUGGCGAGGCGGCAUCCUCAUUCCUAGCAUGUCGCGCUCUACACCAAGUCGGAGAAGAAAUCCGAUCGCAUCAGCCGAGCAUUGCUGAUAUUAUUCAGAAAUGUUUCUACGUCGACAAUUUGAUGAUGGGGGGAAAUUCAGCAGAAGGUCUUCUGAGUCAACGAAAAGCCGUGGAGGCCGCUCUUCUGCAGCGAGGCUUUCCCUUACGGAAAUGGGCAUCCAACGAUGCCAGCAUCAUAGAAGAUGUACCUGCCGACGAUCUCGAAAAGGAGAUCAACAUCGGAAAUCACGAUGUGAUUAAAACCCUAGGCGUGGCCUGGUCUCCACGCGGAGAUACCUUUCGAUUCCUAGUGGAGGACCGCAAUGCAAGCAAGCAAACUAUUACCAAGAGGCAGCUAGCCUCGGAGGUGCUCAGAUUAUAUGAUCCGUUGGGCAUAAUGCAACCGGUCAUCAUUACAGCAAAAAUAUUGCUGCAGAGCUUGUGGAAAACCAAGCUCGGUUGGGAGGACCAGAUCCCACCAGAAACUUUGCACGAAUGGCAGCAACUGAAGAAAACGCUGCCGAAGUUGGCGGAACUAGAGUUCCCGCGUCAAGCCAUCCCGAGUAACGUAGCACACUUGGAGCUGCACGGUUUCUCGGACGCUUCUAUUCGCGCUUAUGGAGGCGCAAUUUAUGCCUUUGCCAUAGACACGCAAGGUAACAAGUCCAUGAACCUGCUUUGUGCAAAGUCGCGUGUAGUCCCGAUGAAGGACCUCACUCUUCCUCGAAAGGAAUUAAUUGGAGCCAAAUUGUUGGCAGAGUUGAUGAGCCGCGUGAUCGGCAUCAUACCACAACACAUUAACAAGGUUCACUACUGGUGCGACUCGCAAGUAGUGUUGUCCUGGAUACACGCAAACGAUCAACACGCCGAGGUGUAUGUUCGAAAUCGUGUGAAAAUCAUUCAACAAUUAACAAACAAGAUGAGCUGGAGGUACAUCCCCACCGACCAGAACCCAGCGGAUGUGAUCUCCAGAGGAAUCUCAGUGAGGAAACUGUUGACCACCAAGAAGCAGCUGUGGCUGCAUGCCACCCCGUAUGCACUAGAGGUACAUCUAGAAAUUCAAGUAUGCGCAAUUCAGCAAGCGCCGACCAUCGACCACACUCUGCAUGAUCCUGACCCAGAAGAUUAUAUCCAGAGUUACAAGUACUGCAAUUCUUUCCGAAGGACCAGAAGGCAUUUCGCCUUAAUACAGCGCGCCAUAAGCAAUUUUAAGGCAAAAGCUACAAGUUCUAUUAAUUCUGAACAACUCCUACAAACCAUGACCGGCCCUCUAACUGUUGAAGAGCUGGAAGCAGGACUACAUCUAGUCAUCAAAAAUAUGCAAUCCGUCUGCCUAGGACAAGAGCUGAAGAGCAUCGGUUUACACGGCAUUCCUACAAAGCAGGGCCCCCUGCAGCACCUCAAUCCUAUGCUGGCAGGUGGCCUCAUUCGAGUAACAGGCAGGUUAAACUUAGCAGACUUGCCUGAAGAACAGUGA